CUUGUACGAGUGGACGCAGACCCCAGCAUAGGUGUGCCUCGAGUUUCUUACGGAGGUAUUACAACAGCCUGGGCAGUUGCUUAUACCGUGAACGAAACGGUGGAUACACUUGUUUACCUGGAUGCGGGCGAGUCGAAGUACGUCUACAUGCCCAUCUUGCCUCGCAAAACUGGAAACAACACAUUCACCAUCUGCGCAUUCUCCUUUAUUGGUGCCAAUUGUGAAACGCGUUCUAUCUAUGUUCAUAUGAAUGGGGUUCCUAACAGAUUCCAUACAGCUCAUUUCAUUGAUUUGACCAGUUCUAGUCAAAUGUACGUGAACAACUUUCGUGUUAUUGUACCUGAGAAGUUUACAAUACCUGAACAACGUGCCCAUCGUUUCAUUCCGGGUUCUCAAACCGGUAUUGUCAGUAUAACAGGUACAAUUGUAACCUCGAAAGAGAUUUUAACAUUCAUUUUAAUUUUAUUACGAAACUAA